ACUCACUGUUUGCUUUCGCAUCCAAACCUGCCCGUUUGCCGCCUCUCUGCAACAUGGACGAUGAGGAUAGACUGCAAGAGUGGCACAGAUUGGCUGAUGAGCUCAAUGCAGCCCAAGAUGUCGAUGCAAAGACGGCUGCCCUUUCUAGCAUUCACAACCAACUGCAAGAGACCAGCGCCACGACGUCAUCAUCCGAUGUAGCCGUCUUUAUCCAACCACUCAAGACCUGCCUCAAGAGCUCCAACUUGCACCUCUUCUCCCCCGCCCUCGCCCUCGUGCCUCUGGUAGCGCGCCUCCUCGAUACCUCUCACGAUGGCUCGCGCCAUGUCCAGACAGCCAUCAUUCACCUCACACCGGCCUCACUCGAGAGGGCAGGCGAUGCAAGGGAGCGUAUCAGAGACUCAGCGCUUAAAGGCCUCGUCGAGCUGGGCAAGGUCGCCCUUGUCGUUACUCCUCCUGGUCUCGCCUCUAGCCGCACAUCCUCGUCAGACACGCCGCUUGGCACCUUCGAGUCCCUCAUCACAGAAAAUGGUCUGGGUGCCAAAUCUCCAAAGAUCCGCGAGCAGUCAUGUCGCCUUCUCGCCUCCCUGAGAAGUUAUAGCACCAAGUUCCCUAUCAAGCCUUUCCUUCCUACUCUCGUUGACUUGCUCGGCGACGCUGAUUCCGCUUGCAGGGAGGCGUCCCGGGCUACGCUGGUUGCACUCUUCCUGUCGGCCAGCGCGGCAGCUAAGGCGGAUCUCAAGAGGGAGAUGGAGGCCAAAGGCGUGAGAAAGCCGCUAGCUGAGGGGAUCCUCAGAGACGUCAUUGGUGGGCAAGCCGACGCUUCGCCUCUGUCGCACCCGGAACAGCCCACAACAUCGAGUAAGACUGCUGUGCCCGCCUCAACUAGCACCGCCGCAUCAAUCCCAGCCGCGACCGCCUCACCCGUCUAUCUAGCAUCCCGUGGCGACCUGGAGCGCACCGUGGCCUCCAUUCUCCCCUUCUUCGACGGCAAAGAGACCGAACACAACUGGGCUAAACGCGAAUCCAGUAUAGCCAAGUUGCGUGGCAUACUCAAGUCCCAACCGAGCCAAGCCCUCGCAGAGGCAUUCGGGCACGAGACGCGCAUUUUGGCCGAAGGGAUCCUGAAAGCCAUCAGCAGCUUGCGAACCACCCUCGCCCUGCACGGCAUAGCCCUCGUUGCAGAAAUGGCCGAGACAUCCCAUGUUCCCACUGCCAUGCCCGAAUCAGCCGUCGACAUCCUCCUUCCCGGACUGCUCCGCAUGGCCGGUUUUACGAAGCGCAUUGUAGCAACCGCCUCCCAGACUGCUGCGGGUGCCAUGCUCCGGCAUGUCCCUUAUCGUUCGAAGGUAAUGGGCUGGCUCGCGGCCGGCAUGGCGGACAAGACUGUUCACACUAGAGUGGCCAUGGUGGAGCAUCUGGGUACCCUGCUGAGCGUCGCAGCCCACCCCGAAAAUAGAAGUGUGUGCUCACCGGGAGCGCUCGAGUCCCAUGACGGGGUCAAUGUGAUGAGUACGCUCUUGGCAAAGGGGCUUACGGACCAGAACAAGGAUGUGAGGGCUAAUGCACGCGAGGCGUUCUACACCUUCAGGCGCAUCUGGAAGAGAGAGGGAGAGGCUAUGCUGGAGAGAUUAGAGGCUGGUGUUAGGAAGCAGGUCGUGGCGGGGAUGGGCGCGGCCGACGCUGCAUAUGCUGCUAGCCAGGCCUCCAGGAGCGCGGCGUCCCCGCAGAAGGCAGCUGCCGCCCAAGGUGCAGCGCCCUCAAGUCAACUAACUUCACCAGCCACUGCAGCUGCCGCUCCUUCCAGCAAAUUCGUCCCCUCACGCAAGCCCGGUGCUGGCGGUGCCACCGGUGGUCCUGGGCCGAGCAGCGCAAUUGUAGCUGCUAAGCGGGCUGCGGCAGCCAGGAUGGCUGAGAUGCGCAGGCAGGAGGCUGAAGCCAAAAGGGCUGAGGAGGAGGAAGAGGCUGCUGCUGCUGCUGCUGCUGCUCCGGAGGAAGGAGAUGAGACGCAAAAGGCCGGAGACGAGGCGGAAGAGAAGCGAGGGGACGCCUCUUUUGAGAGUGCUGGGAAUAGUACGAGGCACAGCGACGACGACGAUGGGGAAGCCACCCCGACUGAGACCUCACCGCAGCGAAUGACCCGUCAAGCACAAAGUAGUAGUAGCACAAGGGACAGCGGAGGAACUCGAGCAGACGGCGGAGUGGGCACAUCGAGAUUCUGGACACGCGAUGACGCCGGAGAUGACGAUGAUACAGUCCAGCUUGGCGGCGGCGCAAGCUCGGGUAGAAGCAGACGAGGCAUGAACGAGGACGGCGGGGAGGAUGAGAGCGCAGAUGUGGAUGCGAGUAUUACCAUGGACCUGAUGGCUCCGAUGGCAACUCCUCUGACCGGUCGGAGCGGAGCCCGCACCGAAAUUGCGCAAAAGCAAGCACCGAGGAGUAACGGCUCCCUUCCUUCGUCUUUUCAAGGAACUAGAGAGAGCAUCUUUGCGCGAGGCAACAACGACUCCACCCCUCGGACGGCGAGCAGUCGACUCCCCCGCCCCGCUUCGAUGGUAGCCAGUCCAGCCGCUCGCCAACAGCCAAUGGACGUGAUCGGGGCUUUGCAGGACAAGUCUGCCGCCGCCUCUGCCACUGCAGCCACCGUGACGUCGCCCAAGACGCCGUCCACCAACGCUGCAUCGAAGGGACAAGGCUGGUUUCUCAACCGAGCCGCACGCCUCUCCCUGUCCGAUGAAGGCAGGGCCGCCUCACCUUUGAAGAGCAAGCCCGACUCGCUUGCUUGGGUGGAGGAGGUGAAGCAGCGUCGUGCUGAUGUGAAGACCUUUAGGCAGCUCGCGAAGCUCAGUAGUAACUUCAAAGUCGUAGCAGCUGAGUCUGCAGGCCAAGGGGAUGGAGAAAGUGAGGGGAAAGGAGGUCUCGGCAUGUCCCUCGGCUCACGGGCGGGCAUAGGGAGAGCGGGAGGGAAGGAGCGACUUCAAGACGAGGUCAACGACUCGCAAGACGAUGACGGCUCCGACAGCAAUGGCCUCUCCGCACUUGAAAAGCAGCAAACCGAAGCCUGGCGUGAAGGCCAUCUCUUCGAGCUCCUCUUCUCUGCUUGCGAGACCUGGUUCACCUCACCUCCCAGCAACGAGUCGAGCAAUGCGGCAGCGCAAGUGCUGCUGCAUCGCUUGGUGGAGAAUCAGUUCCCCCUUUUCCCUGCACUCGGACUGGAAGGGAGGCUGGUGAAGAUUGGGCUGUUCGAGCUGGGCGGGCCAGGUGGGCCAAGCAGCGCGAAUACGGCCGCCGCGAAGGCAGUGCUUGAAGCCUGGGCGACCCGAACGGUGCCGGCCGUAGGACUGGGCUUACUCCGCUCGGAAGGGCAGGCGGCCUUCGAAGAUGGCGGCCAAGGAAAUGCACGCCUGCUCAUCCUCAACACCCUGACUCACCUCUACUCCCGUCUGCCCAGCUCCGUCAUCCUGGAAGACGAGCUGCCACGCGCCUCGAGCUGGGUAAUGUCCGCAUUGAAUGAUAGGGGGAAUGUGGCAUUGAGGCAAGAAAGUGUCAAGGUGCUGGUGGCUGCGGUGCGUGGCGAUGGAGGCGUCAAGGGAGAGGAAGGGGAAGAGGUCGUGGGUGAGAAGCUGCAGAAGGCGCUGGGCGAAUGCGGGCUGAAGAGGGAUCAGCUUGACCUGGUGCUGUACUACGUCGCGAAGGGGGAUGCAUCAUAGAGUGGCUACGCAGCACGAUCCUGUAAUUGUAUUGUCGCCCUUCUCUCUCAAGUCAUCAUCGUCAAAGAGUUGC